AUGUCGUUGAACGAGAAACAAGUUUUGAAGCAGGCCAAGGAACAGCCUGAGGAGUUCAUCGCCUGGACCCCAGACGACAUCAUCAACCAGCCGCUCAAGGAGGCAGUGAUGGCAGCAGUGCUCACAGCCCGCCCUAACGCCACCGUUGAGGGCGUGAUGGAUCUCCUUAACGAUAUGAGAGUAAAUAUGUAUAAAGAGAAGAUUUGGGAGUUGACCCCUCGCGUCCCCGUUCUUGGCAAACCAUUUAUUCAGUUUAAAUUACUGGACAUGCUUUGCAAAAAGCUUAAAGUUAAACUUUGGGAGCUUAGUGAGGGACACUGUCCAGUCACGACGACUGGGCCAGCCGACAUUGUGUACAGCACAAUGUAUCUGAAGGCAUGGGAUACGGAAGAGGCCGAAUUACUCGCUCUAAUGAAGCAGAUGAGGCUGGAGGCUAUGGCUAGGAAGGCGAGGGAGUCUUCACGCGCUGUUGCCAAACUGAGUAGCCUUGGCGGCUUGGCCAAGUCUCGAUGGGCUCCCGAGAGCGAGGCUUCUGCUGGGCCAGCGCCCAAAGAUGAUGCUGGAGUCGAUUGCAUGGCUUCAGGAGAGUCUUCCAAGGGCACCGCUGCCGCAGAGCCUGUCCUGAAAGACGGCAGAGUCGAUCCCAUUGCUCCAGUCGCAUGUCCCAAGGGCAAAGGGAAGAAAAGCGUCGCGCCCGAAGAGGAAAUGGAGGAAAUGAGGUCGGCUUGGACAAGCAUCAUGGGCAGCGAGAUAGUGCCGGGAUGGCCUGCGUGGCCCGAAUCUCAGCAUGAUGAGUGUGGGACUUUUGGCAUUCCCUUUCCCCCAGAGAGAGACUGGGAGGCUUGCUACGAGCGUCCAAGUCAGAAUCUCUGGCUUUACAUGUCUCCGGCAGUGCAAGUCGUCUGCCAAGUCAGCGGUGAAGGGCUUCGCAAGCUGGUUGUGCGUCUUCGCGACCAACAAGCUGCGACUCCCUAUAACCAGUUGCAACUGUUUCGUUCCUGGUCCGGUAUCGCCGCCUGGGCUCAUCAGCUCGCAAGGGGGGGUCAAGAUAUCCCCAUUACUGAGUUCAUGGAUAUUUACUUCAGGGUCAGUGCCAGGGACGUGUUCACCAAGGUCGAUUCUGGUGAGGCUUGA